GGGGCGCUCUGGGGCAUGUGGGCUGCGGUCGUGGAGCUGUGGGGCCCUUUGGCUGGGCUGCGGGCUCUACGUGGCGGCCACACUGCGGCGCUCCUUCCUCCGGGCCAUGCGCGGGCCCUGCACAGCUCCGCCGCUUCCUGCGGCAGCAAGAAUUUACUCAAGAAAUUCUCCUCAAAAACCAGAAAGAAGUUUUGGUAUGAAAGCCCUUCUCUGGGGUCUCACUUGACUCAGAAGCCAUCCAAGUUUGAAUUCCUCACAAAAAGCACCUCAAAGAAGACCAGGAAGGAAGAUCAUGUGCGUCUGAGGGCCCUGAAUGGCCUCCUCUACAAAGCGCUGACAGAUUUGCUGUGCACCCCUGAGGUGAGCCAGGAGGUCUACAACUUGAAUGUGGAACUCUCCAAGGUCUCUCUGACUUCAGACUUCUCAGCCUGCCGCGUGUACUGGAAGACGAGUCUCUCCCAGGACCAGAACAAGCACACGGAGGCCAUCCUGAAGAAGAGCGCCCCCUACAUGAGGCACCUUUUGAUGUCUCAGCAGACCGUAAGGAAUGUCCCACCCAUAGUGUUCAUUCAAGACAGAAAAAACAUACUUCUGGCUCAGGUGGAUCAAUUAUUGGCAGUGGCUGACUUUGGACCCCCAGAUGAAAGGGAUGACUCAGCACAAGAUGGUUUGCGGAACCUUGAUGUCCAGUCACUGCGUGACUGCGCAGAAUCCACCACACGCUUGAGUCUGUGUGGGAUCGAUCAUGAGGCCCUCAAUAAACAAAUAAUGGAGUAUAAACGGAGGAAGGAGAAAGGACUCCUGGGAGUGAGGCUGGACCCACGUUCAGGGCAGAAGCAAGUGACUGAGAAGACACAGCUGCUGAGAAGAAAAAAGAAGGCUCUGUCACACCGGGACCAGGAUGUCUCCCCCAGGAGCUUCCUGUUGGGUGAAGAGAAUGAGGCCGAGGAGGAGGACGACGACGGCACCACAGAGCUUGAAUUCCAGGCCCAAGAGGCAGAAGAUGGGUCAGAUACAGAGGCUGGAGCCAGCAGGGCGCAGCCGGGCCCUGUGACAACAGGGCGGGGCUAGGGGAGAGGCCGCAGUAGCCUGUACUGCUGUCCAUGGAGUGAGGAAGGACGUCUGCCGUCUACUGAGACAGUGGUGAAGGUGAGGCUCUGGGUGGCGGAGGCUUCCCAGCUGUCCAGUGUUCUGUACCUUCCACAUAUCUGUAACUAACAAAUAAAUUUAUUUUUUAUUUACUUGUU